AGUGAUAUGAUCUUUUGCUUUUACUUCACCCAGUCUUUGCCCUACAGGGACACGUGUCACCUUUUCACGAUUCGGUCACCAUCAUUGUAUCCCUCUUUCUCUCUUAAUCAUUCCCUUCCGCUACACGUGCUGUCGGUCCUUUUUCUCGCCUGAUUUUCCUCAUUCUAAACCCUAAUAAUACUCCCCUCAGAUUUUUUCUCUCGGUAUAUCUCUCUCCAAACACUCGAAAAUUUUCUUUAUUUAUUUCUACGUUUUUCACAAAAGCGAAGGAACCCAUCAAUAUUUUCUUUUUUUUUUUUUUGGCUUCCACUGAAAAAAGUUUUCAUAUUUUAGGAAAUCCAUAAUUUUCCCCCUCCUCAGACGCUCUGCAGAAACCAAAACGAAAUAACGUUUGAAUUGAUUUCUAUAUUUUUAAACAAAAAACAAAGAAAACCCGUCCAUAUUUUCUAUUCUAUUUUUCCACUGAAGAAAUGUUAAUUUUUUGAAACUCAAAAUAAAGGAUUGUUUUCAUUUUUAUUUUUGAUAAUGGGAGGUGUGACGUCAACGAUAGCGGCGAAAUUUGCGUUUUUUCCGCCGAAUCCGCCAUCGUAUUCGGUGAUGGAGACUGGAGGGAAGCUUGUGAUGAAUGGGGUGGUGGCGAGGGAUAACGUCGACAUUUUAAAGGUGGGAACCAAGAGAGGGAAUCAGGUGGUGGCGGUGUAUAUAAAGAACCCUGGAGCUGCCUUGACUGUGCUUUAUUCACACGGGAAUGCAGCUGAUCUGGGUCAAAUGUAUGAUCUUUUCAGUGAACUUAGUUUACAUCUCAGAGUUAACUUGUUAGGCUAUGAUUAUUCUGGAUAUGGACAGUCAACUGGGAAGCCAACUGAACAGAACACCUAUGCUGACAUAGAAGCGGUAUAUGGAUGCCUUGGGGAGAAAUAUGGAGUGAAGGAGGAAGAUGUUAUCUUAUACGGUCAAUCUGUUGGGAGCGGACCCACUCUAGAUUUGGCAACUCGGUUACCUAAAUUAAGGGCCGUUGUACUUCACAGCCCAAUCUUGUCUGGUCUAAGAGUAAUGUAUCCAGUGAAGCAUACUUACUGGUUUGACAUAUAUAAGAAUAUUGAUAAAAUACCGUUUGUCAAUUGUCCUGUUCUGAUAAUCCAUGGGACUGCCGAUGAUGUUGUGGAUUGGUCCCAUGGCAAGCAGCUUUGGGAGCUUUGUAAACAGAAAUAUGAACCUUUAUGGGUUAAAGGAGGGAAUCAUUGUGACUUGGAACUAUAUCCACAAUACAUCAAGCAUCUCAAAAAAUUCAUUUCAGCCAUCGAGAAAUCUCAUCUUAGAAAAGGAUCUGGCCCACUUUCUGAUCAACCAGAGAAGCCUCGGAACAGCACAGAUUUUGGGGAGACAUCAAGACCAAGCAUGGAUCACAGAGAAAAGUUUAGCACUAGUUUUGACCAAAGAGAAAUGCCACUGUUAAGCACUGAUCAUAGGGAAAAACCAAGAACCAGCACUGAUAAGAGAGAAAAAUCAAGAAAGAGUGUGGAUCGGCCUGACAAAUUCUGUAAUGGCUCAGACCAACCUGAGAAAGCUAGGAACAGCAUUGAUCGCUUUGGGGAGAUGAUGCGAUCAGUUGGAUUGUGCAAUAUUAAUUGUUUCAGGCCCACGACAACAGCUGUCUGAGUAGCGGAAAGAUCAGUCUACUAAUUGAGGUUGUAUUUUAUUUCACUUUAUUUAACUUGAUUGGUGGAUAGAGGUUGUUUGGGUGAUGGGAAAAAAAGCCUAAAGCCAUAUUUUAGAGUGAAAAUAGGAAAUCAAUUCAAUCAGGGGAAUUGUGCAUCUUAAUUGGUUGCCCUUUCGAGUUAAUAAAUCCCAUAAUUUGACUUCCCCAUUGUAUGUGGAAAUGCAUGUCUGUAUGACAACACAGGCAUGAACCUUAUAGAAUAUAUGAAAUUCUGUUCAAAGGCUUAGCUGCCCUGGUUCGUGGGCUGUUAUCUUUGAUUCUGAUAUCGGCAACGAUACCUUGGUAAAGCACAUGAACAUGGGAUUGAGCUUUUCUGGUGUGCCUGCAAGAGUUUCUAGCUUGCAAUAUGGAGAUAUAAUCAUUCCAUUCAAAGAUAAUGGAAGCCAAGGAUUUGCCCCUAAAAGCUCGAGCAACCCAGGAAAGCUUUGUUGACCAAUCUUCUGUGUCUCUCUGAAUAAGGAGAAGCUGCAAAAAUCUUUGCCAAACAUUUUAAGCUGCUGGCAGAGAAGAUGUAAACUCUUGGUUCAUCCCCACAUUACACAAGUAACAUUUUAUAUUCUGAAUUCAAUCACCCGACAGCUAUGAAAGAGAGCUUGGGAAUGUGAUUGGAAAACCAAACCAGUCUAUGCACAAAAAAAAAAAAAAAAACUUUAGGCUUAGUGUUCUCAGAGUAUCCGAAGUGGAAGAAGCAGCUGUGUAUACUCAGAAUUGGAAGUGGGAAGGCACCCGCUUAUCCCAGGAUUGAGCUGUUCCUCAAUUUCGAGAGCUUUCUCAAAUCGCCAGCUCCAAUUGCAAGACCUGGGAGUGGUGAUAUGCCAAAAAAAAAAAAAAAA